AUGCCGCCAUCAUCAAAAACUUCGCAAGAGGCUAAGCCUUGGUCUUGGCCGACAGACAGCAGUCCACCUAUUCACACGUCUGUGGUUAUAUUGAGCGUUGACACACACAUUAGCAAGUUAUCUCCCUUAGCAAGAUGGCGGCAUACGCGAAUCGCUGACGCCGCAGUCGAGUACGAACCAAGUUUAAAGAAUAUAAUCGAUCAAACAUCUCUAAAAUGGGUCUUUGUUGGCGGAAAAGGUGGGGUCGGAAAAACUACAACAAGUUGCAGUUUAGCAGUUCAACUUGCUAGUGUUCGAGAGACUGUACUCAUCAUUUCAACUGAUCCAGCACACAAUAUAUCAGACGCAUUUAGUCAGAAGUUUUCCAAAGUACCAACACUCGUCAAAGGGUUCACAAACCUGUAUGCAAUGGAAAUUGAUCCUAACCUGGGCUUUUCUGAACUUCCUGAUGAAUAUUUUGAACAAGCUGACAUGAUGAGUGUUGGCCGUAACAUUGCUCAAGAACUGCUUGGGUCCUUUCCUGGUAUAGAUGAAGCCAUGAGUUUUGCAGAAGUCAUGAAGUUGGUACGAAAUAUGAACUUUUCUGUGGUGAUUUUUGAUACUGCUCCGACAGGACAUACCCUUCGCUUGUUAUCUUUUCCAAGCAUCAUUGAAAAAGGACUUGGAAAACUAUUGAGGCUGAAAAAUCAGAUCAGUCCUUUUAUUUCUCAGUUGGCAGGUAUGGUGGGAAUUCAGGAUCUGAACUCGGAUCAGAUGUCCUCCAAAUUUGAAGAAAUGCUCAGCACUAUCCGCCAAGUUAAUGAACAGUUCAAGAAUGCUGAUCAAACAACAUUUGUGUGUGUUUGCAUUGCGGAGUUCUUGUCCUUGUAUGAGACGGAACGACUGGUGCAGGAGCUGAACCAGUAUGGUAUAGACACGCACAACAUCGUUGUUAACCAGCUUAACUUUUCACGCAAAGGAGAGAAGCCAUGUGCCUUAUGUGCUGCUAGACAAAAGCUACAGCGCAAGUACCUUGACCAGAUCGACGACUUAUAUGAGGAUUUCCAUGUAACAAAGCUGCCAUUAUUGGAAGAGGAAGUGCGAGGGGUGGAAAAGAUUCAGGAGUUCUCCCAACACCUCUUGAAACCUUACAAACCUGAUUAACAAGACCUCAACUGAAGACAUGGGUCAUCUGAGAGCUGGGAGUAAUCACGCCACUGACCAAUGACAGUCAUUCUAUGUCAUUAAUAUAUAUCAAAAUGGCUUUUCAUCCACUUAAAACCCCAAAGGAAAAUGAAAUUAUCUGUGAAACUAUUACUCGUGCAAUGUUCAGAACCAAUACACAUCCAACUGUCAGUGUGGUGUUGGACAAAGAAGUGCAAGAUCGGAGGGUUUUUUUUUAAAUUUUUUUUUGUUGAAAUGUUUGUAAAUAAAAUCCUAAUAUAAAAAUUGUAAGGACGUUGAUAAAGGCAUUUUGGCAUGUUUUACUAAUCAUUCAUGAAAAGAUUAAAAUAUGUGAUUUUUUUUAAAGAAAAAUAAUGCUUGUACAUUGUCUUAUGAAACUUGACCAGGCAAAAGCACUUUGCAGUACAGGUUUGUGAAACUUCAAAAUUACUUUAAAUAAUUAAAAACAUUGUGGAUCAUC